GAAAAAAUGUAAAUUUAUAGGAGCAUCAAGUAGUCAUUGAGUUUAGUUUUAUAUGAUUUAGUGAUUAUGUGAUUCAGAUCAGUAUACAAUCAGUUGUACAAUUUUCAGAGCUCUCCAAAAUUUUGUAAAAAUUCAGUUUUUUUUAACUCACUCGAAAAGUACUUUUUUAACAUUUUGUAACUGUCCGUUGCAGGAGCCAAACGCAUUUGAUCAGAUACGACGCAAUAUCGUUUCCAGGGCGAGAUUACCCAAAUCCGAAACCGUGCUCCACUGCCUCGCACCAGUCACCAUGUAUUCCGCAUCCAGACGAUCACAAAGCGCACAUCAGACACGCAGUCGGGCAAUGGAGAAUGUUGACGGCGGCAACGGGAUGACUGCCUCCUUCCUGGACAAAUACUACCGACCCAAUUUCCGUGCUAUCCGCACGGUGAUCCCCAUGGAGUUGCCUCCCUUCGAGCAGGCUCCGCUGCUAAUCGGAAUGCUCAAGCUGCAGAUAACACGGCGCAAGCAGUUCAUUGAGACAUCCCAUGCCCUCAAGGAGGAUCUACUGAAAGGACUCGGCGGCAAACGCGAUGCCAUAUUCUCGAUGCACGGCACUGCCAUGGGCGAACUGAAGCAGGCCGUUUAUGAGCUCAGCAGCCUGCUGCAUCAAUUGGAGCUGGUGUACGAACCCGUGGGCUAUGGAAAGAUAUCGGUGCAGGCCCAACAGGCCGAUAAGCGGGCCCAGAUAUCGGAGAAUCUACUCCACGGACGCAAUGAGCAGCUGGAGCGUCAUGCCAACCUGGCGAGGAGCAACUUCGUCAUUGCGCAAACUAACGAUGCCCGCAGGCGUAGGGCUGAAAAGGAGGAGGCUAGCAAGUCCCUGGGCAUUUGGCGUUUCCACUAAGGCCAGCAAAGUGCUCAUUGCAUUCGGAUUUCUCGCACAGAUAUUCAGCCUGAUAACGAAGUGUUAAUAUGGCCUCUAUAGAUAUUGUUGAUCGUGUAACCAAGAUGCCAUUAUGCUUGCUUUGACAUCGUAUUCCACUGGAUUCAUACUGAUCCUUAGCACUAAACAUUCCAGUUCAGCUCAAAAUUAAUCAAGUGCAAU